GCUUCCGAGGCCCCAGGACAAGAGACGACUUCCCGGAUUUGGCUGAGUCGCCGCCCGCCUCUGAUAACGAAUGUAGCGAAGACGUGCAGCUAAAGCCCAGGACAGCUCUGCGAGACACAGAGGACCUCCUACGAGACCCUGGAUCUGUCUCCCUUUCAUUUUUCUUCAUGUGUUGUCUGUGCAUCUUUGGGUAUGUUUGGGUUUUCCUGCAUCUUAUUAAAAGCCUAGGCUGUGAUAAUGUACGAGUGGUACAAGCUUUACUGUGUGCACAAAAUAAAAAUUGUUUUUAGAGUAAGUUUCAAUAAUAAUCAGAAAUCAAUAAUGCACCUGAUUUUGGGCAUGUUCAUCCACAAAUUCCUCUUUUGGCCACAAGUAUUUUUGUGAGCUGGUGUCUGCAUGUGCACUGAUGUUUGGCUGUGUGAGCACCAGCACAGUGGGAAUGCGUUGCCCACAUCACGGCAAUGAUGAGUCACACUCUAAAGCCCCAAAAUAGACCAUGCAUGCAAUUUACCCCUGCUGGGACACAUACUCGAGGCAUGCACUUGUAUUUGGCAUCCUCAAGCUGCAACUGUUCCGUCUCCUCUUCUCUGCAUGGCACCACAAACAUUGUAGCCUAUCUAUACUGCAAUCAGCAUUAUUUCCAACCUCCGUGAUCACAUCACAUGAACUAGGUCCAAACGUCAAACUCAUCAGUGCCCUUGGGCUGCAGACAGCAUGGACUGAGACUUUUUGACAAACUAGCCUGUGUCAUCCAUAUUAAAUAGGUAGAAUGUCACCAGGCAGAUGGUGUUCAGGCAUUGCAGAAGAGACUGCAUAUGACCUCACUUGCUUCUCUGUACUAUUCGUCCCUGAUUGAUGUUAUUUUUUAUUUAAAAUGAACAAUUUUACCAUUAAUAUGCUGGUUACAGGUACUAUAUAUAAUAAAAAAAACUCAAACGUAAAGUAAAUCUUAAUACUUCCCAUUUCACAUCACAGGCCUUAAUCUCACAGUAUACAAACCAUACUACAUAUCAUAAGCAUCAUAAUAUUCAUACUACAGCACUGUGGUUGAUGCUAAUGAGGUGGCUGCUGCUGUCACUGUUGUGAUUAAUUUGUCUUCAUGUGUAUGUAUGUUUUUGUGCCUUUCAUUGUCUGUGAAUACGUGUAGGAUAAUCUUUACUGGUGUUUGUCAGUUUUAGGUCAUUUAUAAUUUCUGCAUUUCAAAUAUGGCAAUAUUGUACAUACACGUCCACUUACAGCAGCUAAUUUGAGUUUUUCACAAUUUGUGUACAGUAUGCACACCAUCCUAGAUUGUCAUUGUGCUAGUAAUACUAAAAGGAAUUCAUUAGACAACAAAAAUAUUGUGAUAUUUAACUUCUGCAAAAAGAGAUUCUUCUACAUAGAUCAGCCACAUUCACAGGGAAAGAGAGGAUUGCAAUAAUUAAUCGGCUGAUAAUCAGGGUGACGUCAGGCUUUGACCUACUUUCUGUAACCAGGAGGUUCUGUUUGAGAGCUGAUGGCUGCAUUUAACAUGGAAAGGUGUGAUUUUGCUAUGUGCUGGGCCAUGGCCUUAUGCUUGGAUGUUUUGAAAACACAGACCUGAGAAUAAUCAUAAAUGUAGCUGAUGUUCAUAAUCCAGUGAAAACAACGUGUAACCCCUUCCACCAUCCUCUCCUUUUAUCUCAUUUUCCUCUAUUUCAACCCUCCUAUCUCCUCUUGUCUGCAUUUAAUUGUCAUAACGUUUUUUUUCGCCCCCUCUCUUUCUUUCAGUCAACACUCUUGUUCUGUGACACACUUCUAGAGUAGGCUCUCGUUUGUUUUCUUUGAAGUCUGUCUUUAUUCAUGGACAUUGUUUCCAUCUCCGUGUCUCCCCACCUUCCUGUCUUGUUAGACUUUGGCUCCCUUCCAAAGCACAUUUUUUCAGGUCACUGUCAGUUUCUCCCUCUCCUCCUCUCUCUUGCGCUCUCCCUUUUACAUCGAGCACAUCAGCUAAAGACAUUGCAGUGUGUCUGUGCAGAAACACUCGUUCCUGUCGAUGAGAAGCUGCUGCAGUGCGCGCGUGUGGCAGGGGUCUCUUAAAGAACCCUUGCUUCAGUCGAGCAGUGAUGCUCAGCCUGCAGUGUUCAUCAUUCUGCUAGCAUAUCCAUCUCCACUCUGCUUCUUCUCUCUCCAUCAUCACUCUUCUCUAAUUAUUAACACUUCUUCCCUUAUUGCUCGCUUCUCUCACCCUGUCGUCAUCUUUAAGUUAUUGUCAUUCAUCUUGCCCACAUCCACACAUGUUGUGUCAGUGUUAGAGCCCUUAGUCAGACGCGUGAGUCAUCAGUGUUGCUGUAGUCAGAAGUGGGGGAAUCUCCUCUUUUUUUUUCUUUCCUCGUUCUAUCUCACUCCAGCUGGACGUGAACUCGCAGAGAAAACGCAGGUUCAGGGUCUCCUAUAAUGGCUGCAACCAUCCAGGACUUCCAGAGGUCAGAGUCAGACCGCCUCAAUGAAGUCAAAGGUCACCUGGAAAUUGCCUUACUGGAGAAACAUUUCCUACAGGAGGAGCUGAGGAAGCUGCGGGAAGAGACCAAUGUGGAUUUCCUGCGGCAGGAGCUGGAACGUGAGCGAAGCAGGAGGAUAGACCUGGAGCAAAAGAUGAAUGACGUGCUCAAGUCUAGGUUGGAGGACUCUCCGCCGCAACCUCCCCGAAAACAGCAAUCCCCAUCAAACAAUGGAACAGCUGAGAAACAGCAGAAGGAGGUGUGGAGUUCUCGGCUGCAGAAGUGGCUCUAUGAGCGCUUUGGGGUUUACAUCGAAGACUUCCGCUUCCAGCCAGAGGAGAGCACCGUGGAGGCUGAGGAACCGCUAAGUGCUAAAAGCGUCUAUGUGUGUUCUGACCUUCAGUUUUUGUGCCUUAAAUCCAGGUUGACAGAAAACAUGAGGCGACUCAAGAGAGGAGCCAGACCUGUCACCAACUUUUUAAGGAACCUCUCGGCCUUAUCAAAUUGGCACUCUGUCUACACCUCAGCUAUUGCCUUCAUUAUCUAUAUGAAUGCUGCUUGGCAUGGCUGGGCCAUUCCCAUGUUCCUCUUCCUGGCUAUCCUUCGCUUGUCCUUAAAUUACCUCAUCGCCAGAGGUUGGAGAAUCCAGUGGAGCAUUGUGCCUGAGGUUUCUGAACCCAUGGAACCUCCGAAGGAAGACUUGACUGUGUCUGAGAAGUUUCAGCUUGUACUUGACGUAGCACAAAAAGCCCAGAACCUUUUUGGUAAGAUGGCAGAUGUUUUGGAGAAGAUAAAGAACCUCUUCAUGUGGGUGCAGCCAGAGAGCACACGGAAACUUUACAUCUGCUUAUGGGUGACUUUCAUCACCUCUUGCGUCAUGCCAUAUAAACUAAUGGGCUUCAUGAUCGGGCUAUAUGCUGGUAUCAAAUUCUUCAUCAUAGACUUCAUGUUCAAGAGUUGUCCGAAGCUCAGAGACAAGUACGACACACCCUACAUUGUGUGGAACAGCCUUCCCACUGAUCCUCAGCUCAAAGAGAGGACCAAUGCCACUGUGUCACGGCGGCUCUCUGGCAUUGAGAAGGUUCAGCCGGUGGUCUCUCGCAGCAGCCUCGCUACCAUCCCUUGUGGAGUGAGUCGAGAGGAUGAGGCUGGUCGCUCCCACAGCUCCAAGAAGGGGGCUUUUCAUGAAAUCUUUAACCUGCCGGAGUCAGAGCGCCCUCUGGCGGUGUGCGAAAACGGCUGGAGGUGUUGCUUAAUAAACAGAGACCGGAAAAUGCCCACAGACUACAUCAGGAACGGCAUGCUUUACGUCACAGAGAAUUACCUAUGCUUUGAGAGCUCCAGCUCCAGAUCCAGCUCCUCAAAGAAGAAUAAAACAAUCAAGCUGGUGGACAUCACGGACAUACAAAAAUACAAAGUGCUGUCAGUCCUUCCAGGAAGUGGGAUGGGCAUUUCCAUAGCCACUCCUUCCACUCAGAAGCCAUUGGUGUUUGGUGCCAUGAUCCACAGAGACGAGGCCUUUGAGGCCAUCUUCACACAAUACAUGAAGAUCAUGACCACCUCAAAACCCCCGGCCAGCGCAGAGCUCUAAGCAGCCUACAUGUCGGCAGCACAUCUCCACAAUGGGGCUUCACAGCCUCCUGAGUUGCAACCAGACUGGAAGACACUUAGACACAUUCAUCCGCUCUGUGACAUCCGCCUCCUCCUCCUCAGUGAUGAGCAUCGGCUUCAUCAUCAGUGGUCGUCAGCCAGCUUCGAUUGGUGGAUUUCCAUUUGGUUGUCAGAGGGUGUGUGUGUGUGCCAACUACACAUGUAGUACGGAUUUAGUCACACACUGGACAUAACGGACACAAUCCACCAAUGGGUUCUGUGAGGAGUGAGCGUCAGCGUAAUUUUUAUCAAUCGGCAGUGGACUGGUGAGGGGCUGGAUCUCCCCUCCUGACUGGUUUCUAUGUUUGGGUCCGAGUGUGUGGGCAGAAAGCUCUUAAGCUCUUACAUUGAGUCAAGUGGCUCUGUUUUUCUCUUUAUCCUCAUUCAGUGGUUUACUGUGGUAGGAUGUAAAACACACACAUAUUAUAAAGGUAACUAGAAAACACAUCUUUGAACUGCCAGAGAUUUAAGUUUAGAUUGAUGAUCAGUGCAAAAACUGCUAUUUAGGCUUGAACCUGAUUGGUGCCUGAUUGGCAAAGCCCAACACAGUUCUAGCUACAUUCACAUGUGAUUGUUUUUUUAAUGGGUAUUAGCUGUGAAAAGUCAGGUCAACAUUUAACUGACAGAGCCUUUGUUAGUCACAGUCGAACUUCAGUUAUUUUAUUUCUUUUGCUCUUGUUUCUAGACACAUUUCAGCAGCGAUGCUUGUUUUAGUAAUAUCUGUCAAAUACAGUAUGUGUGCUGCGUUUAGCAUCCACCUCCGUGUUUGUGUAGUGUAGUGAACAGUUUCUUCAAAAAUGCCUUUUUAAAAAAACAAACAAACAUCUUUUGCUGUCUUUGUAACAAAAGCGGCCUUUGGGAUGAUUUCCUGAAGCUGCUGAUCGUGUCCCAAGAUGAGAGCACAACACUGACUUCAAUGUAGACGUGGCACUGAGGGAAACGUGGCCUUCCAAGAUUUCAAGGCACAGUUUGUACUUGUAUAGCGAGAUUUAGUUUUUUUUGUCUCCCUGCACUUUAUCACAACCUUAACUGGAGUUCCUGCCAUCAUCGUUGCAGUGAACAGACGUGCUAAUGCUCAUCACGUCAGCUGGAAAACAAAACAUGGUCAGUGUUUGCAGAUUCAAAAAGUUCUCGUCCUGGUGUAUUGAAUUCUUGAGCCCAGGCCGUGUCCUUCUAGUGCAGGCUGUAUUAACUACUCACCGGGACGAAGUCACUCUGAGCCAGACCGCUUUCAAACUGACCGUAGCAGAAAAAGGUAAUUUAACUUGAAAAUGAAAGGACUGGCAGGCUACUUUAAAGCCGAGUCGUAUUUAGGUUGUUUAAAUUCAGUCCUGGAAUCUCUUUCCAUCCAAACACCAGGAUUAUGAGCUUUAGGUGCACCUGAGUAUGUAGUAUAGUUUCUUGUUUUACUGCCACAGUGAGAGGAUGUCUGGGUGCUUCGCUACAUGUACAGUAGGCUUUUUUUACGGCUAAAGGCCUGCGCUGAUUAGAAUAUUUCACCUUUGCUUUAUUUGAAAACCUCUUUCACAAGAACAAAGCUGGUCUUUAUUCUUGCAAAAUGUAGAGAUAUAAUGCCAAACUGCACCACACUUUAAGUGUUUGUGUGUCGUGUGACAUAAAUGAGGUCAGGGUGGAGGACUGGAGCUCAUGAUGUGUCUGUAGAUUUGAGUAGGAGACAGACUCAGCAGCACAAGCUCACGUCUCCCUGUAGAGCUGACUAAACACUGAUAAGAGCUUUCACUCGCAGGACACUGUGUAGUUUAGCCGUCAUUAAUCACACCUGCGUCAUCAUUCCUGAUGGAAAACAAAGGAUUAUUAUUUUUUUUAUAUUAACAUUACGUGUCCUCGGACUGAACUUGUCAAGGGUUCUCCUCAAAGUCUCUGUGAGCUUUUGUCAUCGUUAUCAUUUCAAAUCAGCUGGACUGGAUAUGAAGUUGCCUCAGAUGCAAUGGACCAGUUCAGACAAUCAUUGUAAGGUGUAGUUCGAGCCGACAAAUGGUGGAUAUUUAAUUAGAGGUGGUGAAGUCUGCAGCCUGUUAAUAACAGGCUUCCUUCCCAGACAUGGAUUACUAUUUUUUUUAGACUGGUGAGAGCUGAUCCAUGAAUGGGUGAAGCCUUGUGGAUCCUGGAGCAGGUCUGUGAAGUCACUGGCACUGUCUUAUUUGUUUUUCCUUUUACAGCUUGUACCUGAAGCCUUUUCUAAUCUGAUAACCCUAAAAAUCUGCUCUUGGAGGGGGAGGGGGUCUUUGGGACCCAGGCUGCACUCAUAAAGCACAGAAUGUAUCAUGUUCUAAAUGUCUAGGAUUUAGUUUUCUUUUUGCCAAAUCUUUAGUUUUCUCUCUGCCACAUUCUGCCUACGCUCAUGUUUACAGAAGGUUGUAUAAAUGAUUUGGUUUGUUUCAUUUACCCAGUUUGAAUUCCUUUGACUCUGGAGUUAUGAAGACUGGACUGAAUCUGUGUCACUGCUCUCAUUGGCUGCUCACCACUCGCGCGGCCGCCUCUGCUCACCAUUAACCGACAGCAAAUCAUCGUGACGACAGCAGUAUUUGAAACCUCACAGCAUGUGAAUUGUCGUAUCCAGCAUCACAGUACUUGGUUACAGUGUAGUGUCCAUUUGCAGUAAAACACCAGACUCGUAGAGCAGAGAUGGUCACGGUGGACUGUGGUGGCGACGUCACUGUUUUUGUAUGUGAAUGCCCCAAACUGCUGGAAUAUUGAAGGGGAAGGACUCACCUGAGGGUUUAACUGCUGCGAUAACAACUGGUCAAAAGCAGUGGCGUCGUCCUUCCCCGUCCCCUCCACUGAGGCUGGCCCUGCUCCUGUAUUAAAUAUGUGGUUCCUCUAACUGUGUGUACAUGUCAAUCACUUCUUGUUUUCUAAGUGAUAACUGUACCGGGGUCCUGUCUCAUUUUGGACAAUUUAUCAUGUAACUGUCUCAAGGCUGCAAACAGCCAUAAUGUGACAGAGAAGCUGAGGGGAGUUUAAAAGGUUAAAUAACGAAAUGUCAAAGAGUCAGUCCUGUUUUAUGGACUGAGACAGUACUUCUGUGCAGUACAGGCAGUGAACUUCAAAACAAAGCCCAAGUGUUACCUUGGAGACACCGCAGUCAUUAAAUGAGUGGUUAAAUUUUUCUUUGUGACAGCUGAUUUUUUUUUCUUUGUCAGAUGAAUUUGUAUACAAAUCAUUGAAAUGUACAGUGAAGAAAAUAAAACCACUGAGUUUUUAAAAGACGUGUUUAUUGUAAAGGAUAUUGUGAUGUACAUUUUUUUAAUUUAAGUAAAUGACUUUAAGGUA